AUGUCCAUUCCAGCUACUGAGACAAACUACAACGAUCUACUUCUUCAAAUAUCAACAAACCUCCGAAACACGUUGAAUACAUUCGGAGCCUCGUCGCAUCAGUACCAAGCGGUUCUGCAAUCCCUCAAAGAUCUUCUUCAACGUAUAGAGCAAGGCAAUGCGCUGCCGGUCAAACCUCCGCCCCCUGACCCCGAUAUGUUGAGUCAGGCAAUGGAGUUUCUCAACUUGGAAGAAUAG